CAUCGUGUUGAAGACCGAGAUCAACACGGUUCCUCUUUUUUUAGAAAGAAGUUCUUUUCUGCUCUUUUGAUUGCUUUUAUUUCAGUAUUUCAGCCUCGUAGCAGCUUUUUCACUUUAACCAUUUAACCUUUUUCAAUAAAUAAAACCAAAUAAGACCGCUGCGGUUUUUGGACAUCCUGCAUCUUUGCUCCUGAGGUCUCUCCAUCAACACUCAGGGAGUUAUGUGGAGGAUUCUCCUGAUGGUCAGUCUGCUCUGCUGGAGCGCUGAUGGACAAGUGAAAUGCAGAGACAACAACAACGGAGAAGUGGACUGGUACAUAAUCUACAAGGCACCCAAACUGAAUAACAUCGGAACUACGGGUUUGGAAUAUCUUUACACUGAUUCAAAUGGGAAGACGGAGACCUCUAAAAGUCACAAUAAGCUCAUCGACAAUCCUAACGGUGUCCUGGCAAACACCCUGCGGCCCAUUUUCAAACCAACCACAUCAAUGCAAAAAGACUUUGGAUUCAUCACCUACAGCGACCAACCUCCAGGAAAAACAGUUCCGCAGAAGUUUGGUCACAGUAAAGGAGUUGUGAUGAUGGAAAAAGUCAAGACAGGAGUCUGGCUCUUACACAGCACACCACAGUUCCCUUUCAAAAGAGAUAAUAAUUUCUGGCCAUCCAACGGAGCAGCAAAAGCUCAGACGUUUAUCUGUGUAACAUUCAAGUACAACGAAUUCAAAAAGAUUGGUGGACACCUGCUGGACAUCGCAGCUUUCCCAUUUGAUCAUCAAAUUCCAGCUGACUUCCAUAAAGAGCUUAUAGAUGUUACAGAGAAGAAAAAUCCACCGGGAGAGGGAAUGCAGGACCUGAGAUCAGCAGCAGGAGGAGUGUUUCGUAGCUUUGCUAAACACAACAUUGAAAACAGUAUAAAGGACACCGACCCAAAAAGAUUUGAAGGAGAUCUUUACCUCGCUAUUGCAGAGGAAUACCAGACUGGUGUGAAAGUCCAGACCUGGGGCUGCCAGCGUAAACGUGAAUAUUCCUACUGCGGACAACGUAAUGUGUUCAAUAUUCCAUCUGUAAAAGUUGAUCUGGGUAACGGGGAGGUUAAGUGGAAGGCUAGUAACGAUCAUUCCAAGUGGUGUGUAGCUGAAAAUAAUAAUAAUCAUUUGAUCUGUAUCGCUGAUGUAAACAGAGCAAUCACCCAAUACAGAAGGCCGGGGGGUGGACUGUGCUUUAAACUCAAAGAGGCCAGUAAUCUAUUUAAAGGUCUAAUUGAUGAUACUGACCCUUGCUCCCGUAAGCGUCCCCGUGACCCUGACUGUGACCCUGAUGAUGAUUUAUAGGAUGAAUAAGCUUCAACUUUCAAGUCCAUUUUUUUGGUGUUUGGGUCAAAUUAUUACAAAUUGAUAUUUCUGAAUCCAUAGUUUAAAACAAACAUGGGUGGACAGAAAUAUAAAUGAUUUAACAAAUUCUAAUUGUUAGAGCUCCAUUGUGUAAUUUUUUGAGUUGAUUCUUAG